AUGUUGUCGCUCUUUUCAAGAAAAGGAAAUGCGUCAUCUUCAAAAACAAGACAGGAAGAAAGAAGAAAAACAUUGAAAAUAGGCACAAGAAAGCUAAUUUUAAGAAGAGAAAAAGUUUCAGUGAUGAUGUUCAUGUCUAAAAAUAUUUAUAAAGAACAUCAAACUUUAGAGAUUGUCAUGUUAUCACUUCCCUUUAUUACAGGAAGUUCUGUUUGUAAAUAUUUUCAUGCGAAACUUGAUUCACGAUUAAGACCGAAUCUGCUUUUCAAUCAAAGCUAUAUUUCAAAAUGGGAAAUGUUUUAUGGAUUUUUCACUCCAUCUUUAAAUAUAAAAACGUUUCAACGACUCAUCAUUGUAGAAGAAGAAAAAAGUAUCGAAUUUAGGAUGGAGAACACUUAA